AUGACUACCGACGAAGACAAUCCUGGGGGUCCGGUAACUCCACGACGCGGCGCCUCUCCCGACAAGAAGCGAACGCCUAAUGCGACGCCCACUCAUGCUCGCAAGGUGUCGGCCCCCGCGGCUGGCGUCACUCCCAAGAGUGCGCCGGCCGCUGUACAAGCACGGCCACGAUCGGCGACGAGGCCAGCACAGCCGACUCUACUGAGCGACUUUCUACUAGGGCGACCUUCAGCAGCACGCAUUGCGGCAGACAAGGAGGCGGCGAGGCAAAGACGGAUGAGUGUCGAACAAGUGAAGCUGGAGAUGCGACAGGGUUAUGUGAGAAAGGUUCAGCCUCCUGGCGGUGUGCACGAUCGGGUAAAACAAUGGCAGAAAAAGAACGCAACAGCCAUGGCAUCAGCAGAUCCCCUCGCUGCUCCGAGCGAACCAAGCGAGGUGGCGAUCCAGGUCGAUGACGAAAGUGUUACGGAACAAGAUCGAGUGAGGAUCAAGUUGCGGCAGAAGAAGAAGGCACCGCCACGGGUGGUGGUUGAGCACCACGAUGCAGGGGGUAACGACCCCGAAAAAGAGAACCAGCAGGAUCCACGUUCGGGCAACCCGCCUAAGAAGCGUGUUGUUAGUGACACCAACUGGAUGAAGAAUAGGAGGAGUAGCCCGACGCGGAAUCAUUCGUCAAAAGUAAAACUGAACCUGGGUACCGGAUCUCCACUUCCCAAGGAUUUCCUGAGGAGAACAUCGCCCAACCCUCCUGUCAAGAACAAAAUUAAGGAUUGGGCUGCACGGGUCGAGAUCCCUGACGAGCCUCGAACCACACGGUACAGUGCCUCGAAAUCGGUGGGCAGUGGUGACGGCAGUCGCAUCACUCCUACGCAGAGCUCUGGGACCACAAGAGACGACGCGAGUGAUGAUGGGAGUAUUGUGGUGGAACAUCGCAAAUCAGACAAGCCGAAGGUGGCUGAGGAUGACGGCAUUCGAGUAAGACCUAUCCGACAGAAGUCGCGUACUCGAAAGUAUUCACCUACUCGAAAAAUUUCGCCUAUUCGAAGGACAUCGCCUCCCCAAAAGGUUUUCCCCUCUCGAAAGGUUUCGACUCGCAAAGUUUCGCCUACUCCCAAGAAGACGGCUAUGAACGAUGGGAUUAGGAUAAGACCGCAUAAUACUACUCUACCCGAUGAUGGGAUUAGGGUGAGGCCGCAGAGAUCCACUCUGCCAGACGAUGGAAUCAGAGUGUAUCCCGACGAUGGAUCGCAGCCGACAUCUGGCGGUGCCAGCACUGUCCGAGCUUCUUCACGACCGAGAUCCCGCGGCCGAACUGCACAAACAACGAGCACAAGGCGUAGUGAGUCGCCCUCGGAGAGAACAGAGGUCAUCGAAGACUCUGAAAGUGAUGAGCCGGACACGCCUACGAGACGAAGUAGCGGCAAGACGUCUUCCAAUUUGAGACAAAAAGCCGCGGCGAAAAGUCUUGCGGACACAGGAACCACUUUGACAAGCACCAUUCUGACUGAGGACGUGUCAGAUAGCGAGUCGUGGUCGAGUGGCUCUCAUGCCUCUGAUCUUCAAUCUUUCAUGCCGUCCAGUUUACCUUCCAAACUAGCGGAUAUUCCGGUGGGAUAUUCUGCAUUCAGCGAACUGGAUCUACCACUGGGGGCCAUUCGGAAGGUGUUGACCGAGGGCAAGAAGAUAGUUUCGGAGAAAGUUGACCCUCCACCCAAGCCAGUGGCUAAUCAACCACGGAGCAUCGAGUCUUGGUUGAACAAGACCGUUGAUCCGUUCGUGGAAGAAUCGUCACCAAACAUGACCCCUGAGCCGACGAGGAAAUCCAUCGACAAGGACCCGCCGCUCCCUCCUGAACCCAAGAGAAAAUCGCCGCUUCCUUCUCAGCCCAAGAGGAGAUCCAUUGAAAAGGAGCUUCUGCUCCCUCCUGAGCCGAAGAAGUCACCGCUCACCCCUGAGCCCCAGAGAAGAAACACAGAAAAGCGACCGGUCAACGAAGGCAAGGCACGCAGUGCACCUUCGGUGUCCAAAAGCAAGUCAGCAGAUGAUGUUCGUCCCGCCGAGACCCCCACAGCCAAAGAGCGUGUCAAGCACAAGAAUGAAGAAACCGCCAAGAUGAAAGAUGAAGAGCCAGAUGAGUGUCCGAAGGACGACCCCACCACUCCGACGGCAGCUGGUCUCAAGAGAAGUCGAGCCACUAGGAGCACUUCGUCUCCCUUGAAGCCAGGCGCCAAGAAAGGGUUCAAGGACAAGCUCAUGGAUGCAUUCCGUGGAGAAUCCAAUGCGCCGAAAACUUUGCCCAUGACUUAUCCAAGCUGCUCUGAAGAAGUUGAACUUGAUGACGGGGAUAGUGAGGACACUCGUGAUCGGCGUCGUUCAUCUGGCUCCAGGUCCCCGUUGUCCUCAUAUGCCGACGAUUCGUCGGUUUCUCAAGAGACUACCACACCCUCUUCGUAUCCGAGACGCAAGCCACCUACCAAAGGCGUCCAUGAGCUAUCAACGAUAGUAUCCCGGGAGUCGCUUAGUACGCGCGAGUCAGAUCUGUCGUCGAUGCUCUCAUCGACCACUAUGACCCAGACAACUGCUACGACGAGGAGUACGGGCUCAAACCUCUCGCGGCACAGAAGCAACAAACCAGGCUUGAAGAGACGUCUUACCAAGCACUCCGAUCUCGUUUCUGUCUUGUCUUUACCAGAUGCCAACACCAAGGCUGGGAGGAGCAGUAGUCUCCGAUCAGCUCACAGUGUACGCAGAAGGAACUCAACCCGUCCAAACACAGCUACUGUUGCGGGCCUUUUGCAGGAGUUCGCCGGCGACGAAAAUUUGUAUGCAAGAGAGCUUAAGACACUUGUCGACGGUGUUAUUCCCGUAUUAUUGACCCAAGUGAUCAACGGUGAUGAGACCCUGUCGAAAGAGGAUCUUUUUACGCCUAUGGGCAAGCAAAGGGAGGACAGCCUUGCCAAAUCAGUCGUGAACAUGGGCAUUGUCCUUGAGAAGCUCAGAAAUGUGCACCGACGCUGUCCUCUGUUAGAUGCGCAUCGCCUUCCGCAGUGGCUCGACUCUGUGCAUCCUAUCUAUGAUCAAUACCUUGACGUAUGGCGUCUUGGUUUCCAGGAUCUCAUAGUUAAUCUCGCUCCGUUGUCACUUGACGAUAACGACUCGCUCAUCAACGCCCUCCCCCGCAACGAAGAAGGCGAUGUUAUUAACGAAGAUGGCGAGCGCAUCGACGUUGCUCAUCUCCUGAAGAGGCCACUUAUACGCGCCAAGUGGAUCACCAGAUUCAUCAGGAGCUACCGAAAAGUCACAGGGACAGAAAAUUAUGAGAAAAUUGCGAGCAAAUGGGACGGUUUACAGGAAAAAGCACGUCGGCGGCACAAGGAAGAAUGUGCCAGAAUUGUUGAUGAGGAUGCGAUGAAUACAGAUACAAGCCGAGUUCGGGAUCUCCAGACGUUCGCAGCUCUGGACAACGUUAAAAUCGAUCGCUUCCGACAAGUGUAUGCGAAGGACUCUUUUUCCCUAUCCCUUCGUCAUUCUAACGGACAACGGUUGGAAUGCCAAGUCGAACUAGUCUCUCGAGACAAUCAGCUGUUCAAGUCCGACCCUGGUGAUCUCUUGAUCAGAGAAACUGGCAGCCGCGGACGAUCAUGGCUGCUAUUCGCUCCGAUCCCCGGCGGCCAAUACUCUGCCCGAAAGGGUGGCAAGCGCGAACUCGUGGUCAUGAUCAGGGGCAAGAAUGAUGAAUGGUUCGAACUCCUGACACUUACCACGGACAGCGAGGAGCAGCUUGUCGACUGGUUAGACAUCCUCGGUAGCAGUCCAGUACCUCCAGCUGUCACUACAGCGCUGCGGACAACAGGGGCGCAACCUCUGGUUCUACAACCUAGGCCUGGCUCGGCAGAUAUUCCACUUGGAGAAAGGAAGCACCACAGACAUGAGUCUGCCACUCAGUCUCCUACAAGAGUGGAAUCCAGUCCGGAACUCAAGACAAAGACUACUCCAACUCGUUACCAAUCACGGCAAACAAGUGCUCCUAUAACGCCGAUAUCUUCUCCAGAAAGGCCUUCGACUCCGCCAUCCGCGAAGACACCUACGCAAGAGUCAUACCUCGAAUCGCAGCAUAGACUCCCAGAAUCUCCUUCGCCGUAUACGGAGGAGGACCGAUCCCGACCCUUACGGGAGAGCAUGCGGCCUGAUCCCUCGGCGCUGCAGAGAUCUCCCAGCACCGAAUCUUACCGUGAGGAUGGCGCACCUCCUCCGCCUGCACACCGCAUCACACCAAAGAAAUCAUCGACACUUUCACCUCCUGUAGAUCUCAACACCCCCAAGAUCAAGCGGCGUGGCUCGUCUCCUCUCAAGCACGAGUACCACCCCUCUGACAUCUCGUCUGAAAGUUCACUGUCAAUUUCAUGCACAGACACAGAGGAUGAAGACGAAGGUGAAGACGAGGAUGAGUAUGAUGAUUACACGUCAUCCGAGUCAUCUGAUGAUGAACUCGAGGCCGCUGAUAUGCCAGAGACCAUGCCUGCUAUCAGCAUCAAGAAAUCCAACGAGCCAGUGCCCAACGAAACGCCCGCCGACUCACUUGUCUCGGAAAGCGCCGUCAGUCUCACCCCGUCGGCCUCAGCCUCCCAAGCUGGUCUACCAAAGUUUGCUGCUGAGCCGCCAGCAUACGUCACUAGAGCUGCGGCUUCAAUCUCGUACUGGGACAACAAGAAGGGCUGCUGGAAGGACCUUUGGCCAGAAAUUUGCUCACUCGUCAUCACACCCGGGUUGAUCGAAGCGUAUCCUGCGAGACGAAUGCAGGGUGCGUCUCAGUCAGAUGAAGACCGACCACUGAUCGCGCUAGAUCUUACACCCCUCGUCAUGCUGCGAAACAGCACCGUGCUGGACCUCGAAAUAAGAUCUCCGGUCCUCAGCUACGCGAAGCUGUAUUCGAAAGUGACGAAGAUUGAGACGACCUUCUUCCGCUUCCGUGCUGCCUCAUUUCAAGAAUGCGAAUCCUUGUACCUGGCAGUGCACCGGGCGCGUAUGGACAAUGCUAAGUACAAAGCCCUAGAAGAGGAAGCCCGCGUCCGCGCCUUCGGGCAGAACCAGACAGUUGAACAGGAUGGCGACGGAUCCUCACAGCGACGCAGCUGGUUUGGCCGUAAGAACAGCUACCGUGUGUCGGCACGCGCACCUUCACAGUCUGCCGGCAGCACAUCACAUUCAUCCGGCAUAUCCGCAUCAUCAUUCCUCAAAAGAUUGGUCGGCGGCGGGAACCAGUCCUUCGACAUUGCCAUGUCGAGUGUCGACAAGCAAAGCCGCGGCAGCAGUAUCGAGCCGAGCAUAUACACCUCGUCCAACUCAUCGGGCACGCCGCCGCGCUCACCCUCCGUUAGCGCCGCCAAUAGCGGCAACAUGGCCAAGAUGAGCCUCACGACCAACAACCUCAAGAUCCGGCUCCACCUCAUGGUCUCGAGCAGCAAGUGGGAAGACCACGGCAACUGCCUCCUCGAGGUCAGCCGGCCGGACCAGGGCACAAGGCAGAACCUGCGCAAAUAUCAGGGCAUGGAGAAGCGGGUCGUCGUCACUAGCAUACCCAAGAAAAACGCAGGCAAGGCGUUGAUUAUCCUGGAUGUUAUCUUAGGCAGCAGGUGUUUCUCGAGGCUGGGGAGCCGGGGUAUUUUGCUCAAUGUGUGGGAGGAGGUCAAGGAUGAGGCGGGUGAGGAGGGACUCGCGCCUAGGACCGGGGGUGUAGCGGGCGCGGUUAAUAAGUGGUGUUUCCAGUGCGCGAGCGUGAUGGAGGCGAACUGGAUUUAUGGGUUGGUGACGCAAGAGGUUAUGAUUGGUUAG